AAUCAAGUAAAGUAGCCUUUGAAAUAAUGCAACAAAACCCGUUCACAUAAUCACUUUUCCAACACACAGUGACAACCCACAACCCUUGUUGUCUAUGGGGAAAAUCUGGAUUGAGAUAUGCUUGAUAUCUGCUCGUGGAGUGAGGGCUUCACCCUCACUUUGGAAGCGUCAAUGGUAUGCUGUUGGGUGGGUUGAUCCUAAGGCCAAAUAUUGCACCAAAGUUGAUGCUUCUGGGAAUGCAAAUCCUGUUUGGAGAACCAAGUUUGCUAUCCAAGUUGAUAACUCAGAAACAAACUUCCAAGAUCUUGCACUUAAUGUCGAAGUUUACAGUAGAGACCCUGUGUUCCUCACAGAGAAGCUUCAUGGCUCAGCAACCGUUGUUCUCAAAGAGUAUCUAGCUAAGCAUGUUCACAACUCUCAGACUUCAAAGCCAGGGCUUGAGGAAGUUGGGAGCUACCAAUUACGAAGGAAGAAAUCCAACAAACCAAGAGGCUUCAUUGAUGUUUCCAUUCGUGUUUCUGAGGACAAAGAAGAGCCUAAUUCCCACCCAGAAGGGGAUGGUGGAGGAAUAGUGCUUUUAGAUCGGGGCAAUAGUACUCACUUGACUACAGGGGGUGGAUUUGGGCAAGGCUAUUCAAAUCAAAUGGGUCAAGGUUCAUUCCAUGGGCCACAAAAACAAGCACAAAAUAAUGUCCCUUACUCACAUCCAGUGCCAUUUCCUGCUGACUAUGCUAAUCCAUAUGUGGGGGGACCAAGUUAUCAACCACCCAGAAGAAGUCCUCCUCCACCACCCCCACACUCAAAUAUUGGUUAUGUUCCCACUUAUGACCCAAGUAGUAAUGGUUCUGUACCUAGUUAUUUUAAUAUGCCAUCAUCAUCAUCAUCCGGGGCAGCCCCUAGACAGAGGGGACCCUCAGGAUUUGCAAUUGGUGCAGGUGCUGGAGCAUUGGCAGCUGGUGCUGUAAUGUUUGGUGAUAACUUCAUGUCAGGAUUUGAUGUUCCUUCAGGCUUUGGAGGAGAUCCCACACUUACCAUUGCAACUGAUCCUCUUUUCUGAACCAGCUGGCAUGAAGCACAUUCUGUAAUCAUGUGUCCCUUUUUAAUACACUUGGUUUUCAUUGAAUUAAUUUUGAAUCUAUGAAUGUGGCUAGUAUAUGUGUCUAAUUAAAUUGAUUUUCCAAAUUUUAUAUUGAAAUCGUU